AUGUGGGAAGUCGGAGACUACUUCCGCCGCCCACUAUCCUUCUGGAACCCGACAGCAAAGAAGCAGCUAUGCGACACCGCCAUCCCCCCAGGCUCAGUCUGGCUCCCGGGAAUCCCCUCGUACUCCAAAUGGCGCAACAGCGCAUGCGACUGCUUGGACAUCCUCCACUGGACCGCCAACAGCACCGUAGCCAAAGCCGCAGGCCUCGAGCACCCAACCAUCCUCCACCUCCACACCGCCCGGCUAUACCUCCUCGCUCCAUUCCGUGAAAUGCGCUCUCUUGCAAUUUCCCUAGCAACAGAAAAGCAACGCUGGAGCAAACGACACCAGUCCCUCGAGUGGCAAUAUAUCUGGCGCUGGAUGAAGCACGACCAAUAUAAAGCUCGGCUUUCGAUCAUUCACGCCGGCGUCACUCUUUGGCAUAUCCGUCGCUACUCAAAAAACGCUUUCCACGAGCCUGUUGCGGCGUUCGUCGCUGUGCUGACGCUGUGGGCGUACGGAUCAUGUCACCCGCAUACAUCCCAUGAGUCCAGUCCGCGUGCAGAGCCGCUUCACGACCCGAGUCAUAUUUGUCUUGACCGGCCGAGUGAUGAUGAGCUUGUGCAGCGUUUUGUGAGGGAGGGUCAUGCCAUGAGAGGGAAUGUUACUGGUGUUGGUGAUAUAUGUGAUCUUGAGGGCCCGGAAAGGGUCCUGCGGGUUGGAUGUGAGGUGCUUUCCGGCAUGACUGCGUGGAGUGUUUCGAAGAAGUUCUUGGCUAUAUUGACGCGGCUUGCGGAUUUGAGCUCGUAUCAUUCUUCUUGGGAACAGAAUCGCCGGCAUGAUGCUGAGCAUGUCUGA